AUGGCGAUGCCACUCCUUCGGCACCAGUCAUCUCUCGAAGGAUUCAUCAAUUUCUCGUCUAGCACUCCCUUACAAGAUAUCGAGCGACUUCAAGCAAAGACUCUGUUCUAUAAGAUCGUCGUGUAUUACGAGAACCAAACAAAUAUUACAACAAAUCGUCCAUAUAACCGACCGAAGCUCGUGCGCUUGACAUACGAAUAUGCGAUUACAGAAGCCUCCCGAGACAAUGUUCUGCGCUCCUUUUUUGACUCGAUCGGCUUGUCAAUGUCAGGAGAUGUUGACUUAUCGUGCAAAGAAACAGAAGCAAAUGUUUGGUAUAGCCUCAAGGGGUUUGCUGAUUUUCUAAUCGAUAACUUCUUCUUACCUCUGAAGGCAUCUAGCAGAGGAACUCCUCAGCCCUCACCCACGUAUCGCUCAGCUGUUCAACGGACGAGAACUGGAGAGCGAUCUUACAUAGGGACAUCAGGCCGAUUGAAAACCCUUCGCGGCGACUGUCUCGUGCGCGACAGGCAUCGAUGCGUAAUCUCAGGCAACUUUGACACAACACACGCCGUGAAACUCAUGCAGGAAUGCGGUGGCGAUGCUGUUGACGACCAAGGUAGCCCACUCUUAGGGGAGACUUUUGAGGCCCUUGAAGUCGCUCAUAUUUUGCCACAUUCUUUGACGCAGCGUAACCCAGGCUCGGAACUUGAUAAAUCCCGAAUAGCGACACUUGAGAUUCUUAAUAUGUUCGACAGCGACGUGGCCUAUCUGAUUGAAGGCCCGGAGAUCGACCGACCACGUAAUGCCCUUUCGCUCACGCACAAUCUCCAUUUGUUUUUCGGCGAAUUCAAGAUAUUUUUUGAACCAGUAGAGGAUUUGGCGAAUACUUAUAAGAUCGAUACAUUUCUUCCAUACUUGAUACUAAAUGGAUUGCUACCCAAAACGCGCACUCUCUUUAUUACUGAACAGCAUACAAUCGAUCCUCCAUCUCCACGCCUCCUUGCGAUCCACCGAGCUAUCGCCCAUAUUCUUCAUCUUUCAGCAGCGGGGCUCUACAUUGAGAGAAUUCUUCAGGAUGCAGAGGAUGAGAUUGUACGAGCAGAUGGGUCAACCGCCCUCGACAAAUUGGUGCAGCUACGACUGGCUGGAUGGGUGUGA